AUGUGGUCUAACUCGAAGUAUUCCCUAAGGAAUCAUUCCAAACCUUACAAUUUGGAAAAGUUCAAUAAACGCCAGACCCAGCAGAGAUCGAGAACUUAUGGCUUGACCUCCGCUAUAUCUCACGACGGCCCGAAACUUGCCGAUGUCGACAAAAACGAGCGAUUGCGAGAGUACCUGGCCUCGUACGGUGUGUUCGAGUCCGAGCAAGAGACUCAGCAUCGUUGUGAGGUGCUCGGCACACUGCACCAGCUCGUGAGGCAGUGGGUGAGGGAGGAGUCUCUCAGCCAGAACAUGCCCGCUGAGGUAGCGAGCUCAGUCGGAGGAAAGGUGUUUACUUUCGGCUCCUACAGGCUGGGGGUACACAACAGAGGUGCUGAUAUCGACGCGCUGUGCGUUGCGCCGCGGCACAUUGAGCGAAGAAGUUUUUUCUCUACAUUUUAUAGUCUUUUGAAGGCUCAAAAACAGGUCAAAGAUUUGAUAGCCGUUAAAAACGCUUACGUUCCGGUUAUCAAACUGAACUUUGACGGAAUUGACAUAGACCUAUUGUUCGCAAGACUUCCUCUGUCGAAAAUUCCAGAUUCUUUUGACCUCGAUGACGACAUGUUGUUGAAGAAUUUGGACCAGAAGUGUGUGCGCUCACUAAACGGUUGCAGAGUGACGGACGAGAUUCUUCGACUCGUUCCUAACGUAGAGAACUUCAGGCUCACACUGCGUACCAUCAAGCUGUGGGCUAAACGACGAGGAAUUUAUUCCAAUGCGCUGGGCUACUUGGGUGGUGUGUCAUGGGCCAUGUUGGUGGCUCGUACAUGUCAGUUGUACCCCAACGCCUUGCCUGCAACAUUAGUGAACAAGUUCUUUUUAAUCUUCUGCCAGUGGAGAUGGCCACUACCAGUUCUGCUGAAGCGAGUCGAUCCUGUCAGACUUGGUUUCCCCGUCUGGGAUCCUCGAGUGAACUUAGCGGAUCGGUACCACUUGAUGCCCGUAAUCACUCCUGCUUAUCCACAGCAGAACUCUACGUUCAACGUGAGCGCUUCCACCAGGUCCGUCAUGGUAGAGGAGCUUAAGAUUGGUCUGGCCGCGUCGGAGGAAAUAAUGAAGGGCAAUUGUGGUUGGGAAUGUUUGUUCGACACGCCGAACUUCUUUCCCAAGUACAAGUACUUCAUAGUACUGCUGGCUUCCUCCUUCAGCCCGGACGACCAGCUGCAGUGGAGUGGGCUCGUCGAAAGCAGGAUCCGACAUCUAAUUGCUACACUUGAGCAGAACUCCUCCAUCGCACUCGCUCACGUGAACCCCGAGUGCUUCAACACCGCGCCUCUUAACGCAACCACUGGUCAGCAUAAAUCUAACUGCUGCUCUAUGUGGUUCAUCGGGUUGCAGUUUGAGAAGAGCACGCUGAACCUAGACUUGACAUAUGACAUCCAGACCUUCGUGGAGAACGUCAACAGUCAAGCUAGGAAAACUAACAUGCUAAAAGAAGGCAUGAUUAUACAGGCCCGGUACGUGCGUCGCAAGCAGUUGAACCAGUACCUGCCGGCCUCCCAGCUGCGUCGCGAGCGCACCUCCCCCGACACCAACAGCAGCUCUGAAUCUACACCCUCACCCCGGCCCUUGCUCUCACCACCUCUCGUGUCCCUCGCAGCAACCGAGCGACUCCCUGGCAGGAAAUAA